AUGUCGUUCUUCAGCACGAUAACGCUACCCCGCACGCUGCCAUCACGGACGAGCUGCUUGCGACUGUGUCCACCGACGGAUCUGGGCUUCUUCGCUUCCAUCCAGUCCCUACAAUACAAGUCGGUGAGCCGUACAGUUGAUGACAUCAUUGAGGCAACGCUGUCUGCUUUCGAGUGCCUCGGCGUGGAGAAGUUGGAAAAUGUGUUUCUCACCUUUCAAGCUGUCAUGCGCCUGGUUAUCCAGCACAGCGGGGACAACCAGUUUCGCCUUCCGCACUUGGGUAAGGACGCUUUGAGACGCGCGGGUGCCUUGAUGGAAAAUGUGUCCUGUCCUGUGGCGCUGUUGGCCUAG